AUCAGUGAUAUUACGCCUUAUCUUAUCCAUGAAACACUUUUUUAAACCAGAUUUUGUAGAAUCCAUUGUUGAGCUCAUUUCCAAAUUGUCUAAACAUUUACCAUUUUGGCUUUAACUAUCAAAGAUGAAAAAUAACAAUCAAAGUUAAAUAUUAUUAUGAGAACAUUGACUGUACACGAAAAAGGCGAAGACUCAACUGGCCUUUAAAAUUAUUGUUUCUAAUUAAUCUUCUAAUGAAUUGCUGAAAUAUUUUCUGGAUCAAUCCUUUUGAUCAAUGUAUUAUUUAUCUGCCACCUACAACAAAAUUAAAUCUGGCAACAAUGGAUUGAUGAUCAAAUCAAUUUUUGAUUGUUUCGAUGUUUUGUUGGUUUAUUAUUUGCCUCUUUUACUUAGACGAAGAAUGGCGUAAAUUUUGCUGAAUUGAAUGAUGAAAUUCGUUGUUGGAUUUUGGCCACCAACAAUCAACACAUCGUUAACUUAUAACGAGAAACUUGGAUUAUGGCGGAUGAAUCUCCGAGUAAAUCAUCAACAACUGACAACAAUUGUAGUGAAAUAGCCUGUAACAAUACAAAUAUUGAUUGUUUCACUGAAGAUCCAUGUUACAUUUGCCUUUCAAAUUUAAUUUCACCCUGUUUUGCCGAUGGCUGUCUUCACGUUUUUUGCACUCAAUGUUUACUUGAAUGGUCCAAACAAUCUAAUCGAUGUCCAGCAUGUCGUACUAUUUUCAACAAUUUAAUUUGUAAUGUAAUUGCUGACCAUUUAUACGACGAGAUUCCAGUUGUUGGGCCGAGCUGGACAAGUCUUUUGAAUGUUGCCAAUUAUUGGGAUUCAAUGAUUGAAUCAAUGGUUACCAAUAUACAAAAUGUUUUAAAUUUAACUUCUCCUCGUGGAAUCAUCUCAAAUUAUUUAGAUGUCCCCCGACCAAAUCACUUAUUAAAUGGUACAGUAACAUCGCACCCUCUAUUAGCGAUAUCAAAUGAAGACGCUAAUAUAAUUCAAUCAGAACCAUUUUCAAAUCUAUCUGAUGGAUGGACUUUGGUUCGUAAUCGUCGCAACCGUCGAUACCGGUCCCAAUCAACCAUCAGUUCAAUAACAACCCUAGAUGAAAGUAUUCAGGAUAGUUCAACCGACUUGAACUCCAACAAUCAGGAAUCCGAAUCAUGUGAUUGACUUGAAAAAUUUAACUCAAUAAAAAUAAUUUAAUUUAACUAAAA